AUGUGGGUUUCCUCCUGUGGGGAGGAGCAUCUUCAUGGACAACGGUGUUUACCUAUAAUAAUUCUUGAUAACAUUUCUUUCUACAUCUUUCUAGAUAAAUUCAGUAAAUAUGCAAAGCUUGGAACAGCCAUUGAAUUGCACUGUCCUCCAGAAAGAUAUAAUCUGACAGUAUGGAAGGUGAACUUUAACAAUGGACAGCAUUGCCAUUUAUCAUUUAAGAGAGAGAACAAUACCAUAGCCAGAAACUGCAGUAAGGACUUUAUAGAUUGGGUAUCUAUACCAGAAGAAGAUUCUGCUGUUCAGAUAAAAUCAUUUCAAAUGUCCCGUGAAGGAAUAUAUAGAUGUUUCAUUGCUACUGCGAAAGGAACGUUAAACCAUGAAUAUGAAGUAUCUUUAUCAGUGUCUCCACAAGUGUCCUUGACUCAUGCCAAUGGCACUGCUGUGUGCAAGGCAGCUGCAGGAAAGCCAGCAGCGGGGAUAUCCUGGAAUCCACCAGGAGACUCUCAAAAUGUGACUGAAAUAUUGCCAAAUGACACAAAGACCGUCAUCAGUACAUAUAAUAUGAAAAAUGUUAAUGAGGAUAAGCUUACAUGCAUCAUCUCCCAUCCUACUGGGGGAAAGUCACUUAUCUUAACUCUAUCAG